AUGGCCAACUUUGACGGGUAUGUUCGAACAGGAACAGACGCAGCUGGCUCGUGGGUAGGGUUUGGCACUGAAAACCGCGACUUGCCAGUACGCAAGAUAAGCGAUCAGCAUUGGGAGUUCUGCAUGCUGGAUAGCAUCUCAAAUCCGUACCUGUUCUCUGCGGCUAUUCUUCUGGCUGGCUUGAGCGGGCUCGACCAGAAGACGGAGCUUGUUUGGACAGAUUGCCACGUUUUUCCUAAUGCGCUGGACGACGGAGAACGCGCAAAUUAUCAGAUCGACAAAAGAAUGCCUGCUAGUUUAACGCAGCUUGAGGAGUGCUUCCUUGAACAUGAACAAGUUUGCACAAACGGCAUCUUCCAAAAUGAGACCGAAAACGAAAUCACGAACAACACAGCCAACAGGCAUCAUCCCAACCCCCACAAACAGCACAACUCUCUCUGCUACAACGCAGCAGAACGAGACGCGAUGACGAAUGUCACUUUGAUCGAAGCUAAGCAAUACAUUGAGAUCUAUGAAAGUCUCCUCAAAAUAAUUGGGAAGAUGGACAGCGUGUUACGGGGGGUUAGACGCUUUGAGAGACGUACCACUCGUCAUGGCAUGAAUAGGGCUGCUGAGUUUGAGGAUAUUUUGAUCAACUUUCGAGAGAUGCGGGUUGAGGCUGAUGAGCAUUUUGAUUGGGCUUUUGGGGAAGCUGGAAGGCAGGUGAAUGUGGGAGACGAUGCUUCUUGCGCGGAAGCUGCAAUGUUAAAUUUGGUUGCUGUUAAAUUGAUGGAGCAAGUAAAUGUUGUCGUUUAUUUGUCGUUUCCAAAUUCCUUAUGGGUCUGA